AUGCAGCUGUCUCUGGAAGAGGCUGGUGGCGCCAGGACAGAGGGCUCGCCGGCAGCGCCUCGCUCGGCCCCCACUCCUGGCCGGCCGCAGCCGCGGACUUUCCCUAACAAAGACUCGCAGGAUGUGCUGUCCCCUCCUUGCCGUGCCUCUGCCAAGAAGAAACGCGGCGAACCCCGGACAGAGGGCUCCGAGGUGGAAAUGGAUGGGGAAAUCGCCGAACUCUUGAGGCUCCUCUUCGGCGACAGCCCCGAGGCGGCGGAUGUGGAACGCUGGCUGUCUGUUGGAUUCCAGUGGAGCCAACGUGCGGGUCUGGAGUGGGGCCUUUGGCAGAAGCAGGGUGGGCCUUGUGGUGUAUUCGCUCCAGUUCAGGCCUUCAUUGUGAAGCAGCUGCUUUUCGGAGGCGAAUCGGAGCCGAUCGUGGAGAGGCAGAAGGAGCAGCCGAUGGCAACUUCUGGUGCAGAUGAUGAGGACGCCCGCGCACCGGUCCUUGCGCACGCGCUGAGCUCCAUCCUUUUCCACUGCUGUCCGAGCUCCUCCUACACGGUGUGCCAGGUCCGGCCCCGGGCAGAGAGCGAGGGCGAGGCCGCAGCCAUCGCAGCCGCAGCGCCGGCCGUGAUCGCCGCCGGAGAAGGGGCCGGCGUGCUGGCAAUCACGGCGCGCAAACUGAGUCGCGCCGCAGAGGUGAGGCUACUCCUGGAAGCAGGAGCCGACAGCUGGCUUGCGGGUCCGUUUGGCGUGCUGAGCUUUCUGUGCUCCGUUCUGGCCACCCGCGGCCCAUCUUCCGUCCGAGAGGAUAUGGACGAUCCCAGUACACCGCUCAUCGGUCGUUUUGGCCACUGCAGUCAGGAGCUCGUCAAUUUGAUGUUAAUCGGGGAGGCGACCUCGAACGUCUUCGAUGGAACACGAUGGCUUGGAGACGAUCCAUCCAGUGGGUUCUUGGUCAGGGGUGUUGACAGCGAGAGGGUGGGCUUGCCGCAGAUCGGCUUCCUGAGUGAGCUGGAGCCCAUGAGAUAUCUUUCGGUGGGCCUGCUCUACAAGAACCCCGACUUCCCGAUUUGGGUGUUGGGAUCUCCGACGCACUACACGAUGAUCUUCUCUGCUAACCGGUCCGACUCGCAGCUCAGCGAUGAGGCAAGCCUGGAGCAGCAAAUAAGAAAGGUCUUCGUCGAGAACUCCAUCGACGAAGGCGGCCUUGCGAUGUCUUCGAGCCUGAGUAAGAUGCUUGAGGCUCUCGGCAUUGCCGCAGAGAUGCUGCCCGAAGCCCAACGCGAAAUGGUUCGAGAAGAUGUCAUCUUGUGGGAGGAUUUCCGCCGAUGGACCAGUGGACAGUUUGAUGUCAAGACAUCUGCAGAGCAAACCGCCAACAAGAUCAAGUUGUUUCUCUACGACGGGCAGGAUCCACCUGGGCCGACACUGAAGUCUGUAUUGGUGGAAGUCAGUGAUAUUGACCCCACACUGGCGGCCGGAGGGUCAGAAGGCGAUGCCUUUGUAGCCACUCUCCACACUCGCUGGCCGGAUGCUGCGGUUCUGGUGUCGGACUUGGGCUGA